UAUAGUUGGAGCAUCGACAACUCAGCACACAGAGCUUCUUCAUGAUAUUCAUUUGUUAUUUAAAAUCCUACGUAUAACUCUCUCUCUCUCUCCUCUCUCUCUAAAUCUCUCUAAGAAGUUCGAAGAAAGGAAGGAAACUAGAGGAACAAAGACGACUUGCUUGGCGUUUUUGAAUUACAAAGCUUCCUCAAUCCUCUUCCUCUUCAUCUUCAACCAUCAUAUACAUAUAUAAUUCACAUACACACACACGCAUAUUCUGAUUUUGUUCUUUCAUUGAAACUCAAUUCAUUGUUGUUCGGCGCGAUCUAAACUCAAUUCAUUCGUCAAUACAUCUAAUUCGGCCAAUUCUUGAGCAAAAUCAAUCGAAGAUCUGACCAACCAUGUCUUACGCUUACCUCUUCAAGUACAUCAUCAUCGGAGAUACUGGAGUUGGAAAAUCAUGUCUUCUUCUGCAAUUUACUGACAAAAGGUUUCAGCCUGUGCAUGACCUAACCAUUGGUGUUGAAUUUGGGGCUCGAAUGGUCGCAAUUGACAAUAAACCAAUAAAGCUGCAGAUUUGGGACACGGCUGGUCAAGAAUCAUUCAGAUCUAUUACAAGGUCAUACUACAGAGGGGCAGCUGGUGCACUGCUUGUUUAUGACAUCACUAGGAGGGAAACUUUUAAUCACCUUGCGAGCUGGUUGGAGGAUGCAAGGCAGCAUGCAAAUGCAAACAUGACUAUCAUGCUCAUUGGAAACAAGAGUGAUCUUGCUCAUAGAAGGGCUGUAAGCACAGAGGAAGGCGAGCAGUUUGCCAAGGAACACGGCUUGAUCUUCAUGGAGGCUUCAGCAAAAACAGCUCAAAAUGUUGAGGAGGCAUUUAUAAGCACAGCCGCUACAAUUUAUAAGAAGAUUCAGGAUGGAGUGUUUGACAUAUCAAACGAGUCUUAUGGGAUAAAAGUUGGAUAUGGUGGCAUUCCCGGGCCAUCAGGAGGUAGAGAUGCCUCUGCUUCUCCAGCAGGUGGCUGUUGCAGUUGAAAAAUGAAACUCCUCAGAAUCAUUCACAUACCUUUGCUUGUUUGCUCGUGCUUUGAAGGUUCCGAUGUUCUUUUGCACUUUGGAACAUAUCACCAGUUUAUUUGAUGGUCUAGAGCUAUCAAAUAUUGUGGGGAAAAAAAUUAUUUAUUAACGACAAUGCAAGUAAAUAUACUAUAUGUGUGUCUUCCCUUGUAUUCUUCUUCCUGAUUGUGUAAAUUUGACAGCUAGUAUUGAAAUUUCAUUGUCAGAAAUUAGAAUUGUAACGAAACUGAUCAGAGAUACUUUGAUUGCUUUCAGACCCCUUUUAUCGUUAUCGUUUGUAAUUUGGUUGUGAAGAGAUGCUCUCUUGGCGGUUUGGUUUUAAA